AAAACUCAGCAGUGGCCACAGGACUGGAAAAGGAGUUGGGAACAUAUAAUGAAGAACUGAAGGUGUGCAGGGAGCAGCUUCUUGCCAGAGAAGAAGAAAUUGCUCAGCUGAGAGCAGAGAGGAACAACACCAGGCUGCUGCUGGAACACCUGGAGCUCCUCGUUUCCCGGUAUGUACCAUCCCUCCGGAUGACGGCGGACAAGCAGCAGGCGCAGUCCCCAGCCGGCAUGAUCAGCGAGGUGGAGGUGCUCAGGGCGCUGAAGUUUCUAUUUGAGCACCACAAGGCCCUGGACGAGAAGUUGAGACAGCAGGCCCGCGUGCCGGCCACCGUGGCCCAGGCCUUCGAAAGAGACGAAGGCGUGUCUGACGGCGAGGGCGACGGGGUCACCCUCCUCAGCUCGGCUGUUCAGCUGCCGCCCAGUGGGCAGGCUGAUGCCAGGACUCUUCCUGCGAUUCUUCAGGAGAAGCUGGACGCCACCAACCAAGAGAUCCGGUGGAUCCAAGAAGAGGAGAACACCGAGCAGCGGGCCAAGGAGACUGAGAGCAGGGUGGGCAAGGCGAGCUCAGGCAGCCUUCGUCGUUUUAAAUCAGUGAGCUCCCUCGACCUGUAUUUUGCCUCCUCGCUUGCCAGCUCCUGCCCGCCCAGCAGUGUGCCCGCCACGCCCCGAAUGAGGCGUCGAAGGCCAGCACGGAACAUAGACCGGCUGGGCUUCAUGCCUCUGAUGCCAGCUCUACGGGAAGAGGUGCAAAAUGACAAGAACACCAUCAAGUGUGAAACCUUGAGCCCUGCCUCGUCUGAGUCUUUUCGGCUGGAGCAGCUGCACACGGGGGCGCUGUGCGCGGAGGACAUCAGGGACGCCCGCAAGUAAGGGGCCUGCGCGCCUCGUCAGUUUCAGGAGCCCUGCGCCUCUUGUCUUGAAAGAGGUGGAAGGAUGGUUUUAAAGGAAUCGCACUGGAUGCGGUUCCUGUGUUUAGUGGUGAACUUCAGAUG